GUGCAGCUUUUGUCUUAGGAUUUCCAUAGGCAAUGCGCUUGAAGAAGGAUUUUAUCACGCAUAUACAGCUUCCAGAUUGCCAUAUAAAAGGAAUCACACACGCAUCUUGGUCAUCAUAAUUCCUUGAAGAUGAGAUUCGCAACAAUCGCCCUUGUCCUUGCCGCCAGUACUGCCGCACUCUGCCAUCACGUGCCAUGCAAAGUGUGCCUGGAUCCCAACACCGAGUACCGACUGUGCGGCAAUGAGUGUCCCAGAACCUGUGAAAACCUGCACCCGGAACCACCGUGCACGCAAGUUUGUAUGCGCGGCUGCUACUGCAAGAAGGGCUACGUACGCGAAAACCACAGUGGACUGUGCGUUCGGCCAGAGGAUUGUCCGAAGCCCAAGCCGAAACCUUCCUGCGGAUGUUCCAAGGCCCCAAAGCCGAGCAAGUGUGAACAUGAAUGGUCGUUUUAAAUAUUGAUGUCUGGUUUUUGACUG